AUGGACUCCAUCUUGAGAACUGCGUCGGACGCAAUGGCUGCCCACGCUUUGCAGCAGCGCCUGGAUCGGUACCAAAGGAAGAAGCUGAUACGAAUACAAGUGCUAAUAGAGAAUGAGUAUCGCAUACGUAAAGAACUCGAGGAAAUUGAAACCAAGAGGAGGUUGCUAGAGACAAAGCUUGACACCAAUUUGAAGCAACGGCAGCGGACCGACCCGGAGGCUGAAGAACUUAUACGAGAAUUGAUGGCAAUGGAACGAAGUCGAUCCUAUCCUAUAUGCGAAGCAAUGCAGCAGUAUCUGCCACGCGAACUUCGCGACAUGAUCUACAAACAUGUCAUCGGCCCCGCCGAGUGGCAUAACAAUAACCACACUGUUCCUAUACUGGAGUCAAACAAUCCCGCCCGACCAUACGUGGUUUUGACUGGUUCUAUGCAAGAUCUCUGGGGAAUUCUUCGACGUGACGGUUAUAUCACCCACCAGACGCGACGGGAACUGCUAGAGUGCUGGUACAAGACCUGCACGUUCGACUUCGCAACAGAUGUGCAUCUCAUCCGCGCGUUCUUCGAAAGAGAUGCAGCGCUUUAUAGAUUCCUGAAACUUGGUCUUCCAGCCCUUAAUCUAGUUUGCCAGUUAGAGAUCGAUGUCCCUCGUGAUGUCCUGAUGGAUGAAGCAAGGUUUAAUGAGACUCUUGGCCGAACUCUGCGAGAUCUUGCUCUGCUGAAACGACCAGCACGCCUACGACUAAAUCUUGACACUUACUUCAAAAUUAGCACACCUCCAAAGGCAUACGAACCUUCCAGAUUCAAAUAUCUUGGCGAACCGGACCCGAUUGCACGAGGCGAGGUAUUCAAAAAGCUUUCACAACUGCUCCCAAGCUUGACAGGUUGGAAAAUUGAGUUGGUAGUUGAGGUGUGGACCUUACCCCAAAAGCACAACAUGGAGAACAUCAUUGGCCAUGGCAAGCUUGGCGACGACCUGUGCAGUGGUUUUGAAGUGCAAAUGAUGCUACCUGGAUUGGCAGAGUUCUCGCACUCUCAAUGGGAAUGUUUAUUUCAUAAGCUUUGUUGUGAGCUCGACCAGUAUUAUGACAAUACACUGAUUGAGUUUUACGAUGGAGACAGCGACUACCCAUCAAGUGAUGGCUCAACCAGCUCGGAAGAUGGAACCGAAGAUGACAGCGAUGACGACUACUGGGAACAAUCAGAGCUUACCGAAUAUGAAAUAGUUAACCUGAGACUUGAGCUCGAGCUGUGUGCGAACGAGGAUCUUAGCAUACCUCCGAUGCACUAUUAUUAG